UACCCCCUGGGUUCACAUGUACAUCUGUGCGUCUGAUCGCGAUCACGACUCAGCGUCGCCGAGAGUUUUCUUCUCUCUGAAAUUUUUUUGCGUCAUCAUUACUCGACGGAAGGCAGAGCGAGUUAAUAGGCGUAGCAUCAAUGGCUAUGAUCUGAAUUUGCGAAUGCAUCACAUCGUGCUUCAAAAAACUUGCGUCAACAAAUAAGUGCUUUAGGAAAAAUGCAAUUCAAUUAUUUUAUACAACUAUGGAAAUAUGAAUAUGAAUCGGCAAUACAUUCACCAGCGAGAUUGGUUUAAAUUCCAAUGGUUCGGCACCUAUGACUUUGCCAGAGGAGGAUUAAAAAGGGUGAAGUGGGGCAAGCAACGAAUGAAGGCGAACGCGCUACACUGAACGCGAAACAUUGAAUGCAGCGCGGAGAGGAAGCAAAGAGAGUUAGAAGAAGAAGAAGAGAAGGAGGAGGAAAAAGAAGGGAUGAAGUCGGUUCAAGCAUCGAUGGAGCCGCUCGUUCUUUAGCCAGGCGUUAGUAAAGCGCCGGUAACGUUUGCUUCGGCUCUGUUCGACCAGUCUGUAUUUUGCUCAUCCCGCUGUCUUUUUUUUCUACAUACAGGAUUUUACUGUACGACGAACGCGCGUAUAUUAUAUCGUGUAGCAUAGUUUAACUUUGGUCUGCGAAAGCAAAGUGUUUCACAGGCUAAUUACGUCCACUUAUAAUUAUAUCGUCUCGCGUUGAGCCAAUUGCACGAGCGCGAAUAAUCGAGAUCAAUUAAGCGCACGCGAUGACUUCCGCGUACGAGGCGACGACGGAACGCGAACAACAGAAGGCGACAACUCCGUGCGAUUUCGCGAAAGCUGACUUUAACGAUCAAGAACUAGACAAUCCGGAUAAUUCUAUCGCUGAUAUGGAGGAGACUUUAUUGACGUCAUCACGACGAGCCAAUGUCGUAACAGGUAAUUCCUCUUUCCAGGAACUCACAGUGAAAGAUAGCGUUUUAUCCGGUGAAUUAUUUCAAGACAACUUAAACGUGCUCGACGAUGUGCGAAGGAUAACAGAAAAUGUGCGCAAAGAGUAUAAAAAUGAAAAAAGUAUCGAUACUUCCCGAAUGAAUAAAUCCAGGAACGAGUUGAUUUUCGAAGAUAAUGAAAAACAUGAGGAGGAUUCAGUUUUGAAUUUAUCAAUGAAUAAUAGCACUGCGACGGAAAAUGCAUCCACGUGUCACGCAAAAGAGGAUGGACAGGACAAUGAAGUCGAGGAUCAAAAAAAAUUCAAGGAUCAGGAACAAAGAAAUCGGAGCGUGCAGGAAAUUGGAGUACAAGAACAACAUAUGACAUACGACAGCAAUAUUUGUGUCGGAGAUAAGUCUCGAGAUUUCACGGCAAGAGAUAUACGAACUUGUUACGAGAAAGUGGCGGAACUUCGUCUGGAUACGAAAGCCGAGACGCAGGAUGAAGCGACUGAAAGAGAGAUUAUUAUCGGCCGCCAGGACAGCGAUUCGUUCUACGAUGCCGUGCGAUCGGGAGAUGUUAAGCGCGUCUCGGCGUUGAUCGCCAGCGGCUGCGUGCAAAACCUGGAUGAACCGGAUUGGAACGUGUCGGGUGAUCCACCCCUAUUGAUGGCGGCAACGAAUCAUUGUUUGCCUGUGCUCAGAACGCUGUUGACGAAUGGAUGCGAUCCAGCUGUGCGUUCGCCGCGUGGUGAAACAGCACUUCAUAGAGUGAUCCUGAACGGUGGGCCAAGCGUGUUGAAAUUCGUGGAGGAUCUCUUGAGGCAUGGCUGCCCGCCAGGCGUCAAAGAGGCCGGUGGUGGAUCGACCGCGUUACACAUGCUCUCUCGUCAGCUGGCACACGCACCGUUGAAGUCCCAUCACGAUUUCGACGCCGCCUUGAAGACACUAGAAUUGCUGGCGAAAGCGGGACCCAUCAACGCCAAGGAUCACCAAGGUCGAAGCGCCCUCCAUAUCUUAGCAUCUUCGACCAUUUUUGAUAACAAUUGCAAGACCGGCAUCGAAUCGGUAAUCGAGACACUCUUGACGGCCGGCGCGGACACCGCAUUGAAGAAUGAUCGCGGCGAGACAGCGUUGCACGAGAGUCUGGAAUGCGGCACUUUGAACACGGCGACGUUAUUGAUGCCGCGCACGCCGACGGGCAUUGUAUCACGAUAUGGUGAAACCCCGCUACAUAUAGCUGCCCGAAAGAAUCAUAUCGAUGUGGUGAUGUGGCUGCUAGAGCAUGGUGAAGAUCCCGGAGCACAAGAUGCCGGCGGUAAUACGCCGUUGCAUCUCGCAUCGGCGAGGGGUUUUCAUCGGACGGUGUCGCUGUUAGUCACCUCGCCCUUGGCUCAAUUGGAGAGAGUCAACGUCGACGGUCUGACGGCGCUGCAGGUUGCCGCCGAGAGCGGAUUUGUCAACGCCGUCAGAGUAUUGCUCAAAGCCGGCGCUGAUCCCAGUCAAACCAUGCGCUAUUGUGCAACGAUCCUGCGCCGUCAUCCCGACAUCUCAGUUCUUAUAGAUUACGAAUUGACGAGACGUCGACAACUCGCUGCUUGAUCGCGCGCCGCUACUUUAUGAUUCUUAUCCUUCUGUUGAUAUUCCAGUAAUCGCUUCAAAUUAUUAGAUAAAUUACUAUGUACAAAAUUGCCACACACUUGUUGUUGCUCAAUAUUGCGAUACGUAUCGCGGAUUUGAAAUUAAACGUGCAAUGGUAACCAUAAUAUAAAAUUCCGUUGCCAUAUAAAUCCCAGUUGUGGAUUAAAGUGCAACUUAAUUUUGAAAAGACUGCGACACGAGAGAGAUUUACUAUUUAAAAUGUAUAAAACACCGAAAUAUUACGUACACAGAUAUACAUUUUCAUAUCAUUGUUGUCUUAAUUUCGAGACAUCAUAUUAUUACAUUUGACAUUUCAAUUACAUUAUCACCGAAUUAUUUGAAAAGGGAUUAAUAAAAUGACAUAAUUUUUUUUAUAACAUUAGUGUAUAUUUUAUAAAUCCAUACAAUCUGUAAAAUAAAGCGCGAAAAUGAAUAAA